UCCACCGGAACUUGUCAUUGGUUUUCAAGAUGGCGCUAGACGGAGUCGACCAUAUGGAGUUGGAGGACAGUAAAGGAGGCUCAGGUCUCCGGCAGUAUUACCUGUCCAAAAUCGAAGAGUUACAGCUGACUGUGAACGAGAAGAGCCAGAACCUUCGGCGUCUACAGGCCCAGAGGAACGAGCUUAAUGCUAAAGUGCGUUUGCUUCGUGAGGAGCUGCAGCUGCUGCAGGAACAGGGCUCUUAUGUGGGCGAGGUGGUCAGAGCCAUGGACAAGAAAAAAGUGCUGGUGAAGGUUCACCCUGAGGGGAAAUUCGUGGUGGAUGUCGACAAGAACAUCGACAUUAACGAUGUGACCCCGAACUGUCGGGUAGCGCUACGUAAUGACAGCUACACGCUGCACAAGAUCCUCCCCAACAAGGUGGACCCUCUGGUGUCGCUCAUGAUGGUGGAGAAGGUCCCUGAUUCUACCUAUGAGAUGAUUGGUGGCCUGGACAAGCAGAUCAAAGAGAUCAAGGAAGUGAUCGAGCUGCCCGUCAAGCACCCAGAGCUCUUUGAAGCCCUUGGGAUAGCACAACCAAAGGGCGUGCUGCUGUACGGACCUCCCGGCACUGGGAAGACGCUGCUGGCCCGAGCCGUAGCUCACCACACUGACUGCACCUUCAUCCGCGUCUCCGGCUCCGAGCUCGUGCAGAAAUUCAUCGGAGAGGGCGCACGAAUGGUGCGCGAGCUGUUCGUGAUGGCACGUGAGCAUGCGCCCUCCAUCAUCUUCAUGGACGAGAUCGACUCCAUUGGCUCUUCACGUCUCGAGGGAGGCUCCGGUGGAGACAGUGAGGUGCAGCGCACCAUGCUUGAGCUUCUCAACCAGCUCGAUGGCUUCGAGGCCACUAAGAACAUCAAGGUCAUCAUGGCCACCAACCGCAUAGACAUCCUCGACUCGGCUCUGCUCCGGCCCGGCCGCAUCGACCGGAAGAUCGAGUUCCCCCCUCCUAAUGAGGAGGCCCGUCUGGACAUCUUGAAGAUCCACUCGCGCAAAAUGAAUCUGACGCGUGGCAUCAACCUGCGCAAAAUCGCCGAGCUCAUGCCAGGGGCUUCAGGUGCUGAGGUUAAGGGCGUUUGUACAGAAGCCGGAAUGUACGCCCUGAGAGAGAGGAGGGUCCACGUCACCCAGGAAGACUUCGAGAUGGCUGUAGCAAAGGUGAUGCAGAAAGACAGCGAGAAGAACAUGUCCAUCAAGAAGCUCUGGAAGUAGAGGCUUCAUCGCCUGCGCCUUGCAUUGAUCACCUGUAUUGAUUUUUUUCUUUUUUCUUUUUCCUUUCUUUGGUUUAUAACUGUGCCCUGAAUUUAUUUUAAAUAAAUGGUGUCUCCUGUUCAGAA